AUGUCUUCUAAUAAUUUUAAUAAUUCUGUUUUUCCCGAAGGGUUGAACAGUUUUUCAGCUUGGGGAUUUACAGCGUUUGAACCACUUACAUAUAUAUAUUUUAAUAUAGCCUUUGUUAUAAUUGCAUACCCUUUAUAUCGACUAAUAGCAGGCUUUCUUAAAUGGGAGUUAAAUGAGAAAACGCCAAGUAAACAUUAUAGCGAUAUCAUUGCGUGUAUUAGAUAUGGAUUUAUUGUAUUUGUGCUUGGUGGAUAUUCAUAUACUUUCGAUUGGAUCACAAUUCUCUCAUUUUACGUUGCAAUGUAUUCGUUCGGUCGUAUAGCAGAAAUUCCCUUUGCCAAACAAUCUUUACCAACAUGGCGUAAUUGGGCAAUACAAAUGUGGAUAGUAAUAAUUGUAGCAAUACUUAUAAUUUUGGCAUUUGCGGCUUAUCAUAUUUAUCUAGGUGUAAUUUUCACCGAAUCCGGUCAACUCGGACAUGAUGGAAUAUUUUUAGCUUGGUAUAUAGGUAGUUUGAUAAUCCCAGUAAUAUUAAUUUUGCUUGGCUUAUUAGCUGUUAGAGAACAAAAUGAUAGAUUUAUAUCAAAGAAAUGGUUUAAGAUUGUAGGUAUAUUUAAGAUGAAAAAAAAAGCUGACGUGGAAGCACAUUCGAGCAAUGAUAAUGCUGAAAAUACUGAAAAUUCUGAACCAGUUGCUAGCGGUGAAGAGACUAAAAAUGAACCACAGCCGUAUAGCAAAAGUGUAGAUGUUCAUAUACAUCAUUGGCAAAUAUUUUAUGUUCUUGCAUUUUUCACGAGAUUUGAUGAUCCUAUUUCGCGAGUUGCUUCUGGUAUUGUAUUAGGAAUAUAUACACAAGGCAUGAUAGCGUAA